AUGCGGGCUUCCCGGUGGAUCUGGAUUGCUGCCACAUUCCUCACCUCGACCGUCCACUCAACAGAGACAGCACCCUUCACCCCAGCAGAAGAAGCCACAGCCAACAAGCGAGCCUUUGAAAUUCUCCGCAUCCUCAGACGAGCCAACAACAACUGCCCGGGCGGCUUCAUCCCCUGCACCGAACUAGGCAACGCCGACGCAUGCUGUAAGCAUGGAACGAACUGCUCACGCGAUGACGCCAACAACAUCGCCUGCUGUGCGAGCGGCGCAAGCUGCACUGGCCGUCUAACAGGCACAAAGACAGUGGGCACAGGCACGGCCUUCAUGUUCCCCAACACCGCAACCGCAACCGCAACUACCGAGGGCGGUAUCACCGGCUCGACACUAGACGGCCCAUACCCAUUUGUUGCUGUCCCGACCGCUUUCAAUAAUGCUGAGACUUGCUCAUCUUACUACUCCAUGUGUCAGUCUGACUAUACACAGUGCACUGGCGCGCUGAUGGGCCGCUACGCGGUCACUAUUGGCGGUGCUGGGGAGGGGAAGACGGUUCAGGCUAUCACGGCUGCAUCGCAGGCGACCUCUAUUUGCUCAAGCUUGAGUAUGGACGCUUGCCAUGGUCUUAACUUAGGGUAUUGUGGCAGCGUUGCGACACAGACUGGUAGUGCGGAUGCGGCUGGGAAUGAUGCUUCUCCUGUACGGAUUACGAGUCUUCAUGAUUUGGUCUUGGGGCUGGCAGUUGGAGUUGCGGGGAUGUUUAUAUGA